AUGGCACCGCCGCGGCGCCUGUGCGUGACCGGCGGCGGCGGGUUCAUCGCCUCGUGGCUCGUCAAGCUGCUCCUCUCCCGCGGCUAUGCCGUCCACGCCACCCUCCGCGACCCAUGUGACCCCAAGAAUGUCCACCUCAAGCAGAUGGACGAAGCCCGGGAGAAUCUGCACCUGUUCAAGGCCGAUGUGCUCGACUACGACACGCUAACACGUGCGUUUGAGGGGUGUGAGGGGGUCUUCCACCUCGCCACACCGGUGCCUGAAGAUAAGAUUGUUGAUCCUGAGUCAGAAGUAUUGGCUCCUGCUGUGAAAGGUACUUCAAAUGUGCUGAAGGCCUGCUCAGCUAUGAAGGUUCAGAAGGUUAUUGUCUUGUCAUCCAAUGCUGCUGUUGAUUUUAACCCGAAUUGGCCUCAAGACAGACUCAAAGAUGAGAGUAGCUGGUCAGACAAAGACUUCUGCCAGGAGAAUGAGGACUGGUAUUCUAUCGCCAAGAUUGUGGCUGAACAGGCAUCCUUGGAAUAUUCAGAGAAACAUGGAUUAAACGUUGUUACGCUUUGCCCUCCUUUAGUUUUUGGCCCAUUGUUGCAGCCAACUGUGAAUACAAGUAGCAAAUUCUUAAUCUAUGUUAUUAAUGGAGGCCCUGACGUGAUGAGCAACAAGCUGUGGCACAUUGUAGACGUCCGUGACGUGGCGGACGCCUUGCUGCUUGUGUACGAGAAGCCAGAAUCAUCUGGGAGAUACAUUUGUUCGCCGAAUAGCAUCUGCGCAAAGGACUUGGUGGACUUGCUGAGGAAGAUGUACCCACAGUACAGCUAUGUGAACAAAUUCGUUGACGUGGACCGUAAAGCGCCGCUGUCAUCGCAGAAGCUGAAUGGUCUGGGCUGGAAGCCGAGGAAGCUGGAGGAGACGCUCUCGGACAGCGUGGGCUGCUACGAGAAGGCCGGCCUUCUGCAGGGUUCCGCCGCGCGUCCUUGCCGGCUCCCGCAUCUGUUCCGUCUGGCUGGUGAUCAGUGA